GCUCCAUUCUUAGUUGCACUUGAACAAAGGUGCGGUUUGUAACGCUUGAUAAGAAAGAAAGCAGACAUGGAGCGUUGGCUGAAUCGUGUUGCGGUAGUCACUGGUGCCAGUGCUGGUAUUGGUGCUGCUUGCGUCAAAUAUCUCGCAAAUAACGGAAUGCUCACAGUUGGUCUGGCACGACGCAAGGAGCGCAUCGAAGCACUGCGUGAUGAAGUAAAUGCUGAGGCACGCGAUCGUAUACACGCCAUUCCAUGUGAUGUACGAAAAGAAGACGAUGUUAUUGCCGCAUUCAAAGAGAUUGAAACCAAGUAUGGACCUGUGGCUGUACUGGUAAAUAAUGCGGGUAUUGUACGCACGACCGACUUGCUGGACGAGAAAAAUUCACAAGAUAUGCGUGACGUGAUGGAUACAAAUGUUUUGGGUACUGUGUGGAGCACUCGUGAAGCCUUCCGUUCGAUGAAGACCAACGAUGGUGAUGGGCAUGUUUUCCUCAUCAAUAGCGUUGCAGGACAUAAAGUGCCAAUUGUACCCAAUUUUUCAUUAAACAUUUACCCAUCGUCAAAGCAUGCGGUAACCGCUUUGAGGGAGGUUUACCGACAGGAGUUCCUCAACCAAAAUACAAAAAUUAAAGUGACAAGCAUCAGCCCUGGCAGUGUGAAAACUGAAAUUCUUGGCGAAGAUAAUUCCAGAUUUGAUGAUUUCCCCAGUUUACAAGCCGAGGAUGUCGCUGAUGCCCUAAUUUACUGCCUCCAGACACCGCCUCGAGUGCAGAUUCUCGAAUUGCUUAUACAACCGCUCGGUGAAAUUCUGUAAGACUUCCGUGCAGCUGAAUAACAGAAUAUUUGUAUGGUAGAAAUCAUGUGCGCAAUAAUAAAUGUUUAUUAAUUUAAAUUAAGUAUUCGUAAUUGAUAAAGGCAAACAUGCAAAUGUAUACUGGCUCAAAUGUUUACUCACUGUUCAACUUUCAAAUAUAAUUUCGGAA